AUGAACAACAAAAAGGGAAAAGAGAAAAAUAAAGAUGACAACUCAUUUGAUGAGCAUCCAGUGGAGGAAGAAAUGAAAAGAGGUGCUGGAAAAGAAGAACCUAUAGCUGCGGAUGAAGGGAACAUAGUUACCGAUGAUGAAACCAUAGCUUUGAAUGGUCAAGUCAAAGGAUUAAAGGAAGGUUGCGUAAACCUCAUUCAGAAUUAUGUGGAUCCAAAGAAGUACAAUAAAUUCAAAAACGACGGAUCAUUCUUGGAACAGGUGUUAGCACUCCAGAAAAAGAAAAAAGUGAGGAAAUUAAAAGAAUCUGAAGUAACCGACGUCAAGAAGAAAAAAUCGAGAAAGACAUCGUCUCAAACGGAGGAAGAUGGAGAAGAGGAAGAAACAAAAGAAGAGAAAAAGGAAAACGAAUUAAACGAAGAAGAUGAAAGAGAAAUUGCAAUAAAGAAUGAAUACCUUGAAAAGAUUAAUAAAAUGAAGGAAGAAGGGUUUUUUACAGACAAGGGAAUAGGAGCUGGCAUGGUUAAAUAA